GAGUACGAGCGCAUUCUGCAAGCCACGUCAGCAGGGGGCGGUGGUGCAGUGACGUGGCGCCAUUAGGCUCCCCGGCUCGUGCUGCUGCUCAAGGCCCAGGUGCCGUCAACCUCUGUGGUAAUUGUCUCUACACCAUUUCCACCUUUCAGUUGCUUGCUACUUGCUUUCUCCUUGCCUCUGUCCGUUUCCUUGUUCCCCAGGCAGUCAUCCCGAACCUGCAUCUAUCCCUCCCUCCAUCCCGCGGUGAUUUUAGAUCGCUAUCCGCAGAUCCCACUGGGUGCAGAGGCAGAGAGUGUGGUGAUCGACAUGGUUACUCCUGCGCUGUGCGUUUGCAUCGCUCAGAGAGACGACUGCUGAUCCGCUUCUUGCCUCGUUCUUCUUCUCAAAUCCUCUCCUUCUCUCCCUCACCAACGCUCCCGUCUCCUCGUCCCCCCACCCAGGCGGUGAUUCUGGAUCGCUAUCCGCAGAUACCUCUUGGUGCAGAGGCAGAGAGUGUGGUGAUCGACAUGGCAAACCCUGCACUGCGUGUGUGCAUCGCUCAGAGGGAUGACUGCUGA